AUCACCAACGAAGCGAAGCACAGCAACCAAAGUUCCAGUUAACAAUGUUGGGACUCAUAAUUCUUGGAAUCACGUGUGGUCUUGCCACAGCAACUUAUCCUAGCUAUGGAUAUUCAAACCAACUUGGAUAUGGUUCUGGCUAUCCUCGCUACGGUGGACUCGGUUCCUUGGGUGGUGGUUUAGGACUUGGCGGGCUUGGUUCCUUGGGAGGUUUGGGACUUAAUAGUGGUCUUGGCUCCUUGGGAGGUUUAGGCACUGGACUCGGUUCCCUCGGUGGUUUUGGAAGUGGCGGCCUUGGCCUAAAUGGGCCUGGCUCACUUGGAGGACUAGGUGGAGUGACCGGUUAUACUCCAAGCUAUGGUCUUGGAAACAGUAUCGGAUAUCCGUCUUAUGGUGGAUUAGGAAACACUGGAUACUCUCCCUACCCUACCUACAAUACUGGAUUUGGAGGUUUGGGUGGAUUAGGAAGUUUGGGAGGAUUGGGAUCUAACCUUGGUGGAUUAGGUGGACUGAAUGGAGGGUUCGGAGGAUUGGGUGGAUUAACCGGAGGAUUGGGUGGAUUAAAUGGAGGAUUAGGUGGACUCAGUGGAGGAUUAGGUGGACUCAAUGGAGGAUUAGGUGGACUUAAUGGAGGGUUCGGAGGAUUGGGUGGAUUAACCGGGGGAUUAGGUGGAUUAACCGGAGGAUUGGGUGGAUUAAAUGGAGGAUUAGGUGGACUCAAUGGAGGAUUUGGUGGAUUGGGUGGACUCAAUGGAGGUCUUAUCGGCGGAGGUUUAGGAUAUCCUACCGGUGGUUACAAGAAGAAAGUGUAUUAAAGAAUGAAUGUAAAUGGAAUUGGUUUCUGUCUAACAGGAUAACAACAUAUGCAGAACAUAAUGUUUCAUGAUGAUGUUUUUUUUAUAUUUAUUAUUGAAUAAAUGUUCAUUUCAUUGCAACUUAAACAAGCGCUUUUUUCUAUUAGC